GAUCUGUUCGUCUUCCCAGCUGAUUACUCACUGGUUUUGCUGGUCGUCUACCAGCUGCUCUCUGACGCUGCAGACUGACUCAGAUCUUCAUCCACAGCAGAUCUUUCAUGGAUUAUUGGGGUUUUGCACGUUGAUGCCUUUUGCAGCCGGCUUGAAGGCAUCUUUGCACCUGAGUUUGGAUCGGAACAAUCGUUUUGGUUCCCCAACAGGAAAGUGCUCUCAAAUCGUUGCCUUGUCUUUUGCUUUGGAGGCCCCUUCACACUAACGCCCCACCCACCCCGCUCCCACACCCACCCUCCGCCAUGCUGUGAAAGUGGGACAAAAAAGUCUUUCAUUGUUUUGUAUUCUGGCUCCUUGGGACACCAGAGGAGCUGUUUUCAGGAAACGCUGCUUCUCCUGCUCAGACUGGCGUUGUCCGUGACAAUCUGAGCCUGAGCGUGGAUGCCCCCCCAUCCAGCAGACAUGUUACCAAAGACCCGUUUGGGGAAGCGUUCUCCUUUCGGGGCGCUGGUGAGCUCGCCUUGUUCAACGGUAGAGUCCUCCAAGACUGGCUGCGCCACAGCAAUGGGGUCCCAACAGCAAGGGAUAAGCAGAGUCAAAGGUCAUGGCGAUUUGAAGGUGUACUUUCAGUGUGCAGGACCAGGUGAAGGAUCGGGGGUUCUGGAUCUGUCGAGCCGCGCCCCGGCUGACGCAGUGGUCGGCGCUUCGUCCCAUCACAGCAGUAGAUCCGUCUCUUCCUGCAUCGACGUCCCCAGGAGCUCCAGGGGUGCGCAGGAGGUGGACAUGGACGAACUGAUGGCCGCCAUGGUCCUCAGCAGUUUGUCCUGCAGUCCACCCCCAAAGCCCGUCCCCCCGCCAAACUCUGCAGGUCCUUCUGUGGAGUCUGGACCCGAGCUCUCGGAUAGCGGCAGCAGCGGUCACUGGAGCGUCGACAUUGCCAAUGGAAGCUCCGCCCCCUCUUCCCCAGCCACAGCAGAGCCUGAGAAUGAAACUGUGGUGCCAUCGGAUGAGGGCUUGGACAUGGAGCUGGAUCAGGUUCUUUUUGACGAACCGGCACCACGGAAACGAAGGAACUCCGUGAAAGUGGCGUACCGAUGUCUGUGGCCAAGCUGCGGCAAGGUGCUGACUUCAGUGGUUGGGAUCAAACGUCACAUCAGAACAACACAUCUGAGCCGCGGGGGUGAACACGAGCGCUGCUCCCGCAGCGAGGAGGACUUCUACUACACCGAGAUCAGCCAGCCGCAGCAUCAGUCUCCUCCCCCUCCGCUCCAAGCCUCCUCUAGCUCCUCCCCUUCCUCCCCCCCCAGUCCCCCUCCUCCCUCCCCGCCCUCUCCGUCAGGCUGCGUUGCUCUGAGCCGUUCUGCCCCCUCCCCCUGUGGCAGCUCCUGGCAGGUCCAAUCAGAGCACUCCUACCAGGCCCCGCCUCCAAGCCACGUGGUGCUGCCAGCUCCGCCCACCUUGUGCCGCCUGAUGACUGCGCCCGCCCCCUGCAGCAGACCGGGCUCCACGUUCCGGGUCCGUUCCGUCAGCGUGGGGGAGCAGUGGCUGCAGCACCAGGGCGCCCCCUGCAGGAGGAUCCGCAGCGAGGCCAAGAAGUGCCGCAAGGUGUACGGCAUCGAACACAGGGACCAGUGGUGCACGGCCUGCCGCUGGAAGAAAGCCUGUCAGCGCUUCCUGGACUGAGGAAGAGGAGGAGGAAGAGCAGCAGACAUGCCAUGUCUGUCGAAGAGAAGUCAGUUUCUACGUCUGGAAAAAUGAAAGUGUCUAUUUUUUUUUUUGGAAUAGUUUUGGUCUUCAGUGUAACAAAGACGUCUGGCAGCUACGCCGCCACCCCCCACCCCCUGCUGCGGCCAGAGGUCACGGAUCAAGAGACCUUUUUUAAUACAUUUCAGGCUGGUUGGAAACCACUUUUCCAGGUUUAAAAUGGGGGUGGACGAAAAGACGAGAACAUUCGAGGGAACUUUAUCGGUUUCACACAAAAAAACAGCAAAAAACUGAACGCUGGUGCUUUAUUCUGACAAAAAUGUUUUUCUCUUCAAGAAUAUGUUUUAAGGAAUAAGGGAACUGUUUAUUUUGUAAAAAAAGAAAAAAAAGAUCUCUAUGUAAAAGGUUGUUUUUAAAAAAAAAAGCACUUAUUUUCAGAGUAAAUUCCUCGGUCAGACUAUCGGAAAUCAAAGAUUCAGAUUAAAAGUCAAGAGUCUACUGAGAGUCUAAAAAUAGUCAUCAUCAGGCUUUAAACAGACGAAGACUCAACCUGACAGGAUGCAGAGGGGCGGCCAUUAUUGACUGAUGAGUCAGCAUUCGUGCUGUGAUCAGGGGUAGAGAAAUGCCCAUUGAAGUCUCAAUUGGAUUGAAAACCGCCACCUUUGUGAAGGAGAUGCGUCAUAGCAACCAUCUGACUUUUUUCUCCUCUUCAGUUGAGCAACGUGUGGGCCAAGUUUUGUGUCUCUACCUCAAAGUAAACGUUGGAGUUUCCAUAGCAACCAUGUUUAAACUGGCGCGCCUCAUCUGUUCAGGUGAUGAUGUGAACUGCUCCGUCUGGCCUUCACAGUAGAACUCUGGUUUUGUUCUGGUCAGAUCGAACGCGUGCGAAUCAAGAGGAAAACAUUUUCUAAGCUUAAGUCGGCCAUCUUUGUGAGGUCACAAUGAGAACCGCUCGAGUGAGGCUUCAACUUUUUAUGAUGAAGAACAAAACUGUGUUUGGUUAUCCUGUGAUGUCAGACUCUAACUCUAGGUGGCGCCUCCUCCAGAGGUCAUGACCAUGUGGACUUUUCUUCAUGUCUUGGUUAUUCACAUGUGUACCAUCUUUUGUAAUCGUACUAAAAACUAAUGUUUUUGAUCUUCGUCGUCGAUCUCGGAUCAUUUUUGAUGUUUUUUGUGCCAACGCCUCUUCAGCCUCUUCUUCACAUCCGGCUGUUUUUAUAAAAUCUCAGCGAAGAAGCCGGAUUUCUCUGUUCUGUAUCUGAAAUGGACUUUUCGAGCCGACGUUUUUGCCGACUUCAGCGGUAAACUGAGGAAGAGGAGGGUCUUCAGAGAGGAGAAGCACUCCACCAGGUCCACGAAACGUCCAGAAACCUCUGUGGGAGUCACGCAGUACUGAUGGCGUCCACCGUGGCGUUCCUCCUGAUGUCCGAGCGGCGGGAACGUUUCAUUCCAGCUCAGCGGAGCGUCCGUCUUCCUCAGCGGGAAGACGAAGGACGGCUUCCGCACAGUCUCUGCAUGAUGGUGGUAAUAAAAACAGAAAAAGGG